GCGCUCGCUCGGCGCCGCGGCGGGCGCGGGAGCUCCGGUGUCCCGAGCCCCGCGGGAGCGCGCCUCCUUAAGCGGGCGCGGACGGCCGGGGCGCGCGGGGCCGAGCGGCCGCUCCCCCCCCCGGCACCGGGGCCGCCUCAGCCCCGCCCCGGCCCCGGGAACGAGACCCCGGGAGCGCCGCUCGGUCAAACCCCGGCUCCCCGCCGAGCCCCGGCACCCCCGGGGGAGCGGGAACCGGCAGCAGCGCCCGGGGAGCGGCGGGGCCGGGAGCCCUCAGGAUGUUCCCUCAGGGACGGCACCCGCCCGGGCAGCCCUUCAAGUUCUCGGUGCUGGAAAUCUGCGAGCGAAUCAAGGAGGAGUUUCAGUUCCUGCAGGCGCAGUACCACAGUACUACGAGAUGUCCUACGGCCUCAACAUUGAAAUGCACAAGCAGGCAGAGAUUGUCAAGAGGCUGAGUGCCAUUUGUGCCCAGAUCAUUCCCUUCCUGACACAGGAGCACCAGCAGCAGGUCCUGCAGGCAGUGGAACGGGCCAAGCAGGUGACCAUGGGCGAGCUCAACACCAUCGUCGGGCAGCAGCAGCUCCAGCAGCUCUCCCAGCACGCAGCCCCCCUCCCGCUGGCUGCCCACCCCUCCAGCACGCAGCCCCCCAGCCUGAGCGCGGCCAGCUCGGGGCUCCUGGCCCUCUCCGGGGUGCUGAUGGCUCAGGUUCAGCUGGCCAAGGAGCACAGAGUGGCCCAGCAUGGGGAGAGCAGAGAGCUGACCCCAAGCAGGAGCGUUUCAUCUUCCCCUGCCGAGAGCCUGCCGGACGAGGAGUGCACGGGGCUGAAGAGGAAAAGGGAGGAGAAGGAGCUGCCUGGGCAUUCUGACAGCGAUGGGGACAAGAGUGAUGACAACCUGGUGGUGGAUGAGGACCCGCCCUCGGAGCCCGGCAGCCCCCCGAGCCGCCCGAGCCCCGCGUCUGUCGGUUCCAGUGGGGAGCACCGGGAGCAGAGCCCGACCCACUCAGUGGCCAGCGCUGCCACCUCCAAGCCCUCCUCUUCCUCACCAGCCCGUGACUCCCUCACACCUGGCCCCGGACCCAGCUCGGCCAUCGCGCUCCGGCCACCCCCGGGCAAGGCACCGGGCACCGACAGCGCCACUCUCCGCAGCCCCCUGAGCUCCUGCAGCCCCUUCACGUCCUCCCUGGCCGUGGUGCCCCACGCCAGCCCCAGCCUCUGCGUGGGCACCCAGCUGUCGGUGCCCCAGGCCAGCAGCACGCUGCUCCACGGCCGCUCACCCCUGGUGGCAUUUGAGUCUCACCCUCACCUGAGGGCCUCCACCCUCUCCUCUUCAUUCCCCACCAUCCCUGGAGGGAAAGCUGCCUACUCCUUCCACGUCAGUGCAGACGGGCAGAUGCAGCCGGUGCCUUUCCCCCCCGACGCCCUGCUGGGCUCCGGCAUCCCCCGGCACGCGCGGCAGCUGCACACGCUGAGCCACGGCGAGGUGGUCUGUGCUGUCACCAUCAGCAACUCCACCAGACACGUCUACACCGGGGGCAAGGGCUGCGUCAAGGUCUGGGACGUGGGGCAGCCGGGCACCAAGACGGCCGUGGCUCAGCUCGACUGCCUGAACCGGGACAACUACAUCCGCUCCUGCAAGCUGCUCCCCGACGGGCGCAGCCUGAUCGUGGGGGGGGAGGCCAGCACCCUGUCCAUCUGGGACCUGGCAGCCCCCACGCCCCGCAUCAAGGCUGAGCUCACCUCCUCUGCCCCCGCCUGCUACGCCCUGGCCAUCAGCCCUGACGCCAAAGUCUGCUUCUCCUGCUGCAGCGACGGCAACAUCGUGGUGUGGGACCUGCAGAACCAGACCCUGGUCAGGCAGUUUCAAGGCCACACAGACGGUGCCAGCUGCAUUGACAUCUCUAACUAUGGCACCAAGCUGUGGACAGGGGGGCUGGACAACACCGUGCGCUGCUGGGACCUGCGGGAGGGCCGGCAGCUGCAGCAGCACGACUUCAGCUCCCAGAUCUUCUCCCUGGGCUACUGCCCCAUGGGAGAGUGGCUGGCCGUGGGCAUGGAGAGCAGCAACGUGGAGAUCCUGCACGUCACCAAACCCGACAAGUACCAGCUGCACCUCCACGAGAGCUGUGUCCUCUCUCUCAAAUUCGCCUCCUGUGGGAAGUGGUUUGUGAGCACAGGGAAGGACAACCUGCUCAACGCCUGGAGGGCGCCCUAUGGAGCCAGCAUCUUCCAGUCUAAGGAGUCCUCGUCAGUCCUGAGCUGUGACAUCUCUGUCAACGACAAAUUCAUCGUGACGGGCUCUGGUGACAAGAAGGCCACAGUGUAUGAGGUGGUUUACUGACUGCUGUCACCAUCAGCAAUGGGGACACACCUUGCCCAAUGCCACCAUGGCUGGACCUGCCCUCCUGCAGCUCUACUUUCCCUCAUCCUCCCCUGCUGUCUGCACCAAACCAAGGCUCCAGCCCCAUCUCCUGCCCUGCUUCCUGCAGGAGGUGAGGGCUGGGUGUAGCCUGGCACCUCCUGAGGCUGGGCAAGGGCUGGGCUGGGCAUCCUGGGUUCUGUCUGUCCUGCAGGGAGCUGGACAGAGCCCGAGAGCCUGUGUCUCCUGAGUUACUGCUACUGACUUAACAGCACCCAUUUUCUGCUGCACAAACAGCUGUAAAUUAUCAGUAAAGAAAUGUAUUUAAAUAUGUUUUCAAUCCCUUACUAAUAAAAAUGAACAAAAGAA